UUUAUAACUACGAAAAAGAAGAAAGGUAGAAAAGCGCCGCCUAUCUGGAGAAUUUGUAAAGACACGAGGAGGUGAGUCUUCCGGAGACUGCGUAAACCCUAAUUUCCUUCGCGAAAAGGGGGGGGGGGGUUUGGUUCAAUUUCCAUUUCGAAACGAUGACGCAUCAUCACUCAACCGGCGACGAUUCGGAGUUGGAAGUAAGACCUGAUGAUGCUAUACCCGUCCAGCAAAAAGCCUCCUCUGACGCACAACCUCUCCAACAGGAUCCCGACUCUUCUUCCGCCGUUUCUACUCAGACCAUCAGUAUCACCGUUUCACAUGACUCCUCGGAGCACCUUCUUCAUCUUUCUGACCACUCCACUUUCGGGGAUGUGAAGAAAGAAUUUCUCCUGAAAACUGGAUUGGAAGCUAGUCAUGUCAAAAUUUUGUUCAAUGGAGAUGAGAAAGAUGAUGCGGAGCAAUUGCAAGCUGCUGGUGUUAUUGACGGCUCUAUGGUUCUCCUUGUGGAGGGACCGCCUCCUGUGAUGACGGAAGAGAUGGCUAAGGCUAUUGCUGCAGUUCAAGCUGUCACCAGAGAGAUCGAUCAGCUCUCCGAUAGGGUUGUUGCGUUAGAGGCUGCUGUCGAUGGAGGGACGAUAGUUGCGGUGAAGGAGUUUGACAUGACUGCUGAGCUGCUCAUGAGGCAGUUGCUCAAAUUGGAUGGCAUCAAGGCAGAUGGGGAAGCUAGAGUACAGCGAAAGGCAGAGGUACGUAGGAUCCAAAAGUUGCAGGAGGAUGUGGAUGCGUUGAAGGCAAAAUGUUACAGAGCAAAGCCGCAGCUGUAAGCACUGAGUCAGAAUCCUUCGGAUAUGGUGUUGGAAAGCUUGAACCCUCUGCCACCUUCGCCUUGUGCCAAUGUAAACCCAAAAUUGGGGGAGAUUUGACUGAAAUUUUAUUAUUCUGUUGCUAAAAAUAUAUUGCUUUUUUUGGUAUAUUUAAAUUGGGAAAUUACCAGAAAAUUGUCGGCUGGUUGUAUUCUGGUUCUUGGAAUGUCUGUAUGGACUUUUUGGUAUCUCAAUCUGAAUAGUAAUACAUCUUUCUACGAAAUGG